AUUAUCCCAGUGUUUCUCUAGCGUCACAGAUCCGGUGAAAAAUACAUAGAUCGUGAUGUGACUAGGGACAGUUUGUCAUCUAACUAGGCUUGUCUUGCGACUAAUGACACCGCCAGUUGGGAGUUUGUGUAUUCUACUACGGCCAUCAAGUAAGGAAAUGAACAGAGACAUCAAUCAGUCCGGAAAACAUCCAUAAAUCGCACUCAUGAAUAACCACGCCCUCUUCUUCGGAGACAGUUGGUUCUUUUAAACACAUUAAGCAUAUUGAAGUAUUCAGAAUAAAUGAACCUUAGAAAUACAAAUAUUAAUAAAUGUAGCCUGUAAUAUCCUAGGCUAUGUUUUUUUUCCUAUAAUAGGCUACCCUCGAGUCAAGUUUCUCAAACUAACAAAAAUAUGUUUUUUUUUUUUUUUUUUUCAAAUGAUGUAGAACUAUCUUACGAUUGGUAGAACAGCGGCUAACAUUCUGAAACCAUGCUAUAUUGGCUAUCACAACGUUAUUCAGUUGAAUGAACUGAAUGGCGAUGAGGUUUACGAACACACAGAUUACUAAACUAAUCUCGGGUUGAAAUUAUGUUGACUUGGAAGCACUGUUGUUCACCACAUUUAAUCCCUUGAAGUAAUAUCAUCCCUGAGAUACAUUUUUGCCCUGGAUAUUAGAAUAUCAGAAUGAAAGAGAGGAGGAUUUUAAAGAAUAUGGCAUGUCAUCCAUUCAGAAUCUACAUUAUUUAGGCUAUUCAUUUUUCUGUAUUGUCUUGCUGAAACGAAACAUUUAAUUUCAGAAUAUAGGUAUUUUAUAAGACACUUUUCAUUAUCAUCCAUGGACCAUGAUACCCACACAGGAAUAAAAGACGUGCCUGUAAAAUUUGCCUAUACAUUUCCUGUGUGCUUUAAUUUGAUGGGUUACACAUGUUUUUGCAGUUACUGCAACUCUAACGAUGAAACAAAAAGAAAUACUGACACAACAGACAUCCCCGCUCAUCCUUUAACUGGAAGUUCCAAGACUUUCCGCGUCAUGACGACGAGACAUAGGAGGGAUCAAAGGCUGCAGGCUUUUUGUCCGUCUGUCAAUUCCCGGGAAAUACAUCAAGAUCAGCAGGAUGGUUCAAACACCUGUUACCUGUAGCACCACCAGUGACAAUGAUGUUAACACCUCCUAGAAUGGCCGUGAGGGGUGGAGAAAACGGGCGUGAAUAAAACAGGAGGGCGUUCACAAGCUUCACAACAUUUCACUAGUAGUUACUCGCAGCUAAGGACGUGUUUUCCAAAUUGCGCAAAUCUUCACGGACUCGUGGACAUCCUUAAGUCCUUCGUAUUUGAUCUGUGAUCAUAAUGACAUUGUUUGUGGACCGUACGUGUAGAUCUACAUAUUUUCAAAAACACACAGAAGACACUAUGGCAUUUGAUUUUAAUCAGGAGUGUCUGCAAUUCUCAGAUGCUGUAGAGGGACAAGGACUGUCCUUUCCUGUUCCCGAAAAAGGACUACCCGAAGUCCAAAGGAAACGCAAACGAACUAUAUUCAGCCGUGCUCAAUUAUCCGAGUUGGAGUGCGCCUUUAUGGCGACACCUUACCCAGAUAUCACUUUGCGUGAGAGACUGGCUGCCAUAACUCUACUUCCAGAGAGCAAAAUUCAGGUCUGGUUCCAAAACAGGCGUGCUCGAAGUAUUAAGAGUGGAAGACUGAGUAAGUCUGUCAGAAAGAGUCCAGAGGCAGACUCCAGACUUUCCUCCCUGCCAUCAAGUGAGCCUCCCCGUCUUAACUCCAAUGUGACACCUUCGGGAACACCAGGGAUGUGGAGCAGACAAAGUCAGCACUGUGCUUCGCUUGGAGAUCGGCAGGUCAGACCAGGAUGGCUUAAGCAGGACAUGGGCUCCUGGUCCCUGAUUCCUCCUCAGCCCACACCGCCGCCUCCUCCUAUGUCCCCCGACCUGCCUGAAGCUUUGCCAUGGACGCCAAGUCAGCCACAGCAGCCAGGGACUCUCUCACUGACCUUCCCUUCAGGUCAUAAGCAGGACAAUCCAUUUCAGAAAAAUUGGAGGGAUUAUUUCAAUCAAGGUCUCACCUCAGCGCUAGCAUUGCGGUCAGUGGCAACAAAGCCCACGUGUGCUCACUCAGGAAGAUAUGCUUCCAUGGUGGACCAGGUGGUCCCUAUGCAGUCACAGCAAGCUUAUUGGGAGAGCCAAGGCAAAAUGCAGUACCAGACACCAGCACAUCCACAGACAUCCCUGGGAGACAUCUCUGAUAUCAUAUACAGUGCUGCAGUCGUAACAAACCUGGUGGAUGUCUAAGUGAUAAUAUGGUUGAUAAAACUCAAGUGUAAUAAUAUUCUGUGAGACUUUCAUGGUACAUUUUGUGAAUUGUAUAUUGUAUAUGAUAUGUGUAUUGUCUCUGUCUCUCACCAAAUGUACUUGUUAGACUUUCCCCACACUUCUUUGUUCCUAUCUGCACCGUGACUUUGUUUACCCAUCAUUUUUUAGAAGUGUGUAUUUAAAAAAGUGAGGAUGUUGUUGGAUAUUAGCUAAACGUUGAUAACAUCUCAAACUUCAAGAUAUUAUUUAUGGAUAGUUUUUAAACCCUAGAUAUUUAAUAUUGUACGCUGUUAUUGGUUGUAUUCUCUAUCGACAAUCAUUGUUUUGUUUUAACUGAGGGUACCUGAGGUCUCAUGUCAUAUCAAAGGUUAAGAUCUUAACAUUACAAAGAAUCAAAACAAGAAGGAAGGGGGAGCUAUAAUUGUUUUCUAAAUAUCUAAAUAUUUUCUACAUGUAAUGUGAAUGAAUAUUAUAUCCCACAUAAAUAAUGACGAAAAGAUGAAGAAAUAAAUUGAAAAUCAAAGGUCGAAUUCUAUCAGUUUAUGGAUCUUACAUUCCAUCUGGAAUUAUUGUGUAUCACAAUGUUGAAUUUGACUUGGAUUAUUGUUGUGAAGAUAUAACUACAGAUCGAUAUAACUGCAGCUCCGCUGACCCACUGGACACUGAUCUCUGUAUCAUA